GUUGCUUUGUUCCCUGGGGAAACGUUUUGAAAGAUCGGCAGCAAAGGCGCUUCCCUCUUUCCCUGCUUCCUCUCCUUCCUUGCGUCUUCUUCUCCUUGGGGUAAGGCAAGAGCAAUGGUGACCACCAGAAAGAGAGCCGUGACCGCGGAGGUCCCGGCGAGCCCCGCGAAGAGGAGCGGGAGGGAGCCCCGGCGACGGAGCCCCUCCCUUCCUCUUUCUCCUCCACCCCUGGCGGCGGAGGGAGGCUCUGGAUACGAGAAGUUCCGGGAGGAAAGGAUAAAGGAGAACCUGGAGAGGAUGCAGAGGCUGGGAAUCCUCCAACUUAAGUCCCAGCUCGACCCGAUCGUCCCCAGCGAACCCUCGAAGCGCCCCUACCAUCAACGGAAGGUGGCCCAACCCUCCUCCGGCCUCGACAAGCCCCUCGCUCCGACCAGGCGCUCCUCUCGGUUGCAAAAUAUAGCUCCAGUUAGCUAUGCUGAGAUCCACACAAAGAAGGACGAGAAUCUAGUGAAAAAUAUGUCAGUUUUUCUUGAAAGAGGUGCAAAUGAAGAGGUUUAUGCAGAUGAGCAUGAGAAACUGUUAGGUACAUGUGAGACAACUUGGACUCUCUUUGUAGAUGGAUAUGGCAAGGAUGGAAGGCGUAUAUAUGAUCAGAUUAAGGGGAAGACAUGUCAUCAGUGCAGACAAAAAACUCUUGGUUAUCGUACACACUGCAGCAAGUGCAAGCUGGUCCAGGGACAGUUUUGUGGAGAUUGUCUUUACAUGAGAUAUGGUGAGCAUGUCCUGGAAGUUAACAAGAAUCCCAAAUGGCUAUGUCCAGUCUGUCGUGGAAUUUGCAACUGCAGCCUCUGCCGAAUCAAGAAGGGAUGGGCUCCCACUGGCCCUCUCUACAAGAAAGUCUCAGAACUGGGGUUCAAGUCAGUAGCACAUUAUCUUAUUCAAACUCGAAGGUCACAAACAGACUCGUGGGACUCAGAAUCUGCCCAGCUAGUGCCUUUGAGAAAUUCACCACAAUUUGCUGAUGCAGAAGACUCACCCCAUCUGGAAAAGCCCCUGGAUUUACAGGAUGGCAUGAAGUUGGUGUCCUAUGGAAAGAACGGCAAUGACUGCAGUGAGAAUGGGGGACUGGAUAGUUCAGAAAUGCAUAUUGUUAGCAAUAUUGAAGAGGAAAAUGUCAUAAAGCUUAGAAGCAAGAGUAAGGAGGCAGAGGACUCAGAAUAUGCCCAGGAAGAAUCUCCAGAAAAGUUAAUGCUCCUUACCAAUGCAAAAGACUCAUCCCAUCCCAAAAGGUCCUUGGAGGAUGGUGUAAAGUUGGAACCUCAUGAACAGAACAGUAAUGACUUCAGGGAGAAUAGUCAAUUGAAUGCUUCAGAUCUGCGUACUGUAGGCAAUAUUGCUGUGGAAAGUGUUACGAAGCUUAGAAGCAAGAAUAACAAGGCAAAGGAGCCAGCUGCAUUUGUGAAAGCAAGCCCUGACUGUAUUGCUGGCAGACUAAGGAAGCGCCCUGACAAGCCAUGAAGAUGUUUUCUUUUCUCAUACUUCUUUGACAGGAAAAGGAAUGCUUAACUAAAUAGCUCAUGUUUAAAGUCAUUUAAUGAUGUCUGAAAGCCAGCUCAUUUUGUAAAGGGUGUUUGUUUCUCGUAGUUGAAAGAAUUUUAGGUUUUGGGGCUUGACUGAUGGCCUCAUUUUUGGCCAUUUUGUUGGUUGAAUGCAUUUGGAUGCAGGGAAAAUCACCAUUUUGUCGGUUGACUGCA